AUGGAGUCCCGUGUGCUGUUUUUCUGCUUUCUUUCGCUUUUACUGGGACCACUUCCGUCGCAUGCGGAGCGGAAUAACUUGGAGAGCAGAGAUGUCGCUCCAGGCACUCCAGUCGACGCCGGGACCGAGUUGCGAAUUCUUCCUUUGGGCGAUUCGAUCACUUGGGGGUUUGCAAGCCCGGACGGUAAUGGAUAUCGCCUCAGGCUUUUCAACGAUCUUUCCGGCGACGAUGUGGUCAUGGCUGGUACCCAACACAAUGGCAAUAUGCAGGACUACUGGAAUGAAGGUUACCCUGGCAAGACUAUAGAGUUCAUAGCCAAUGCCUGCGGAGCCGCUCUCGCACAGAAUCCUAAUAUAGUGCUGCUCAUGGCCGGAACGAACGACAUGAACCCCGAUGCCAGCAUUUCCACAGAAGGCAGUGACCCCAAUGCCGCAGCCCAGCGGUUGUCCAAUCUUGUGGAUCAAAUUUUCGAGAAUGUGCCGAACACGGUCGUACUUGUCGCAAAGAUCCCUCAAGUACGAGAUUCACGUCAAGAGUCCAACACUGAGAAGUUCAAUGCAUUGAUCCCUGGCAUGGUCUCCGAUCGUGCCAACCACGGUCAACAUGUUGCGCUCGUAGAUAUGUCUUUCAUCACGCCCGUAAGUAUUAAUUCGAGCCUGUUUGAUGGCGUCCACCCGAACGAAGCGGCCUAUCAAUCGAUGGGCGACACUUGGUAUCAAGCUAUACAUAACAUUCCACAAGGCUGGAUUCAACCACCUGUGGGUCCCGACCCAGACCAUCCUUACAACUGUGAUCCAUCUAAUGGUGGCUCCGGAAGUGGAGGCGGCAACAGCGGCUCUGGGGAAGGGGGAGGUGGCAGCAGCGGCGGUGGUGGUGGGAGUCGUGGUGGCGUGGAUUCCAAUGCAAAUGGUGGUCCCGAUCCUAGUAUCCCACCGCCUGUCUUCCACCAUGACAAGCUUCAAUGCGAGAUUGCACUCGGGGUUGGUCACCCAGGGGACUGGAACUACAAGAAGAAUUGGGUGGCUGGCGGCAAAAUAGCUGACGGCUUGCAUCUUGAUAUGCCUGGAGUUCAACUCUUCGAUAUGGAUGGUGAUGUGAGAACAGGGGUCAACGAGACCUCAGGCCUACUUGUUUGCUGGAAGAACAAUUGGCCUGAUCCAUGGGCGCCAUGCGGUAGCAACAACGGCAUUAUAGCCAGCGGUGCAGGUCCAAGAGAUCAAGUUUUCUUCGGUUAUAUGAAAGGAGAUUCCAAAGCCGAUUACCUAGUCGUCAACGGCGAUACUGGAGCUGUCACUGUCUAUUGGAAUGAGGGACCAGACAAUUCUGCAGACAAUGGCUGGCGGUUCAACCCUGGUGGGGUUAUCGCGACCGGAGUUCCUCACGCUAAUCUUCAGACGUUGCGAUUUGCAGACAUGAACGGUGAUGGCCGAACUGACUAUGUAGUUGCCGGGAAAGGUGGCUCCCUUAAUCUCUACCUCAACACUGGACUGCAAGGGAGCUAUGACAUCCUCUUCGUUAACGCGGGUGGUAUCGCGACGGGUGCAGACGACGACCUCACCACUCUGAUCCUGUCUGAUGUUACAGGCGAUGGCCGCGCGGACUACAUGAUCUGGGAUCAGCAGGCUGGCCUCAGUGGCUUCCUCAACAUCCGGACUCGCGACGAAGGAACACCAUUCUUUGCCCAGCAAGGGGGCGCCAAGUACAUUGCAGAUGGCAUCACACAGAAUCCAGACAGUAUCCGACUGGCUGAUAUCGAUGGCGAUGGCCUCAACGAUUACUGCUACAUUGACGAUGUCGGCGCUCUCUGGAUCUGGUGGAAUCGUGGAACAGCAGACACUUCUACGGGUGGUGAUGGCGUACGACUUCACGACCUCGAUGGUGACGGUGUCGACGACUAUGUCUAUCUAGACUAUGCGACUGGACAGCCCUAUGCGUACUUAAAUGCUGGACCAAACCCAAGCUACCCCGAUGGAUGGCAAUUCAACGCAUUCAACGGUGGUAAACCCAUUGCCUCUGGUGCCUGUCCUAGGGACCAAGUGCAUUGGGGAGAUAUCGACGGUGACAAGCGAGCAGACUACUUAUGUCUCAACGACAAGACAGGUGAGGUAGUGGCGUAUCUCAAUGGUGGACCUGACCCUACGGCCGACAACGGCUGGCGAUUCAACCCCGUCGGGUCUAUCGCAUCCGGCCUGGGGCCUGGUAAAAACUCGCGCUUCGCGGACGUUGACGGAGAUUUAAUUGAUUACAUCGAGCUAUCAAAAGGCGGCAAGACCAACAUCUGGAAGAACAACCAUCCCGACCCGUGGUCUCCAAUGGAUGAUGCCAAUGCUUCAGGUAUCGGUCGCCCUCCUGCCGAAAUUACAUUCGCAAACAUCAACAAUGAUGGAAAAGCUGAUUAUAUCUGGACGGAUCCACUCAGCGGCCAGCCGCAUGUCUGGUGUAAUCACUACCCAAGUCAGCCGGUAUGGCUUGCAUGCGAUUACCCCAACGUCAGAGGCGAAGGCAUGGCUGGUGCCAAUGUCCUAUACGCAAAAGUCCAAAACCGCACCGGUGCGCAAGCGGUAUUUGUCAACCCGGACAAUGGUGCGAUUGCUGCAUCGCAUGAUGGGUGC